GCCGACUUUAGAGCUUCCGGGGGAAUUUGGGGCCUGGGCGGCUGAUAGGUUAUCGGGAGGUACGUACCGCCCUACCGAGACCGGGAACUCUUCCAUUCAAACACCAGCUGUUGAGCCAAUCAGGGGACAUGUUUCUCGAGCCGCCGUCGCCUUAGUCAUGACUGUUUGAGCGGACUGCCAUCGGCCCGGGGCCGCAAGAGCCAGCCUGGGGUCAUUGGAUGCAGGGCGAUAAGAGACCGCGCUGGGUUGGAGGGAGAGCGAUAGGAGGGGAAGCCGAGAGCGCCUUCUCUUUAGUCAGUCUGAGGUGUCUGCUGCUAGCCUCUUAUUCUCUGUGCACUUGAGGUAGUGUGCCAGUCACAGGGAAUCCCCGCCGCGGGCAGGAAGCGAGAGGACGACGUAGAGAGCCGGGCAUGAACCCAAGGGCUCGGACGGAGCGGGCCAGGAGUCCGUUGCGAGGCCAUCCGGGAGUGUCCCGUCUCUUUUGGUCUGGGACUCUGGGUAUUUUUCGGGCGGGUGCCAGGUGGACUGGGCGGACGUGGUCGACCGUGGGCCGUGGUGGACUAUUACAACGGCUUCAUGCCGUUUGCAUGAAUUCCCCAUUUCGUGCCUGCGAAAUUGCAUGGCGGAAAUGUUCUAGUCUCGAUCUCAUCGGUUCUGCAUCGGUUGCUUUUCCUUUCCCAUUUGGACUGUUACUAUUUUUUUCCUCUUCCUCUUUUCCUGAAAUCUGGUGGAUGUCUCUUUGGGUCUGGUGUCUCUGCUGUGGAAUUGGCGAAGCCUCUGUGGGCAUCCCUCGUGCGCCCUGCAAUUCAAUUCGGGAUGAGUUUUCAAGGCGGAGAUAGAGUUGGCAAUAGCCUCAUUCUAGAAUUGCGGUCAGAGGCCUGGCUUGUUUGCUGAGCCUGGGGUUCGAGCCCGGGCCCUGGACUCUGUGCAUCGUCCCAUGUCGCGUGUGCUGGCUUACGUAAUGGGAACCCGAGCGUGAUGGGGGGGGUUGUUGACUUUUGGCAAGUUUUCUAUUGACAUUGGGCGCUGUGCUUUUUUCUGCUGCGUCCCGG